CUUGCCAUAAGCCGUCACUAAGCCACGCCGUUGAGAAAAGUCAUCGCCUUCUCACACCAUUUCUCUCUCUCUUUUUUUUUUUCCGAGAAAAUGUCUUUCGCACUUCUGCAAAUGGUUCCGUUCUUUGUUUCCAGCUGAAUCUUGGCACUGGAGUCCCAAACGGGAAAUAUUUCCUCCUUAUUCGGAGAAGCUGCAAACUGUACGGACCGGAUCGGAAUCGGAUCCGUAAACGAGAGAAACGAUGGAGGAAGAGAAAGGUGCUGCUGCGCAGAGCUUAAUUGAUGUAGUGAACGAGAUUGCGGCGGUUUCCGAUUACCGUAUAACGGUGAAGAAGCUCUGCAGCAAUCUAGCGAGGAGGUUGAAGCUGCUUGUUCCGAUGUUCGAGGAAAUUAGAGAGAGCAACGAGCCGAUCAAUGAAGAUACGUUGGGGAGCUUGGUCUCGUUGAAAGAGGCGAUGUGCUCUGCGAAGGAUUAUCUCAAAUUCUGCAGCGAAGGGAGCAAGAUUUAUCUGGUCAUGGAGAGGGAACAAGUGACAAGUAAAUUGCUGGAAAUUUCAGUUCGGCUAGAACAAUCUUUGAGCAAGAUUCCAUAUGAGGAUCUGGAUAUAUCUGAUGAAGUUAGAGAGCAGGUUGAGCUGGUUCUUAGUCAAUUUCGGCGAGCCAAAGGGAGAGUAGAUGCAUCAGACGACGAGCUAUGUGAAGAUCUUCAGUCUCUGUGCAUCAAAGGCAGUGAUGUAGACGCUUACCAGCCUGCGCUGCAGCGGGUUGCGAAGAAGCUGCAUCUGAUGGCGAUUCCUGAGCUAGCUCAAGAGUCGGUGGCUCUCCACGAAAUGGUUGCUUCUAGCGGUGGAGACGCCGGUGAAAACAUUGAGGAGAUGGCGAUGAUACUGAAGAUGAUUAAGGAUUUUGUGCAGACGGAGAAUGAUAACGGCGAGGAUCAGAAAGUCGGGGUUAACUCGAGAAGCAACGGACAAACUUCCACGGCAGCGAGUCAGAAGAUCCCCGUGAUUCCUGAUGAUUUCCGAUGUCCCAUAUCUCUUGAAAUGAUGAGAGAUCCAGUUAUUGUCUCAACAGGGCAGACCUACGAGCGAACCUGCAUUGAGAAGUGGCUAGAAGCUGGACACUCGACAUGUCCAAAAACACAGCAGGCGUUAACAAGCACAACACUCACACCGAACUAUGUUCUCCGCAGUCUCAUAGCUCAGUGGUGCGAGGCCAACGACAUCGAGCCUCCAAAGCCUCCGAGCAGUUUAAGACCGAGAAAAGUCUCGUCCUUCUCGUCACCAGCAGAAGCAAACAAGAUCGAAGAUCUCAUGUGGAGGCUCGCUUACGGAAACCCCGAGGACCAACGAUCUGCGGCUGGAGAAAUCCGUCUCCUCGCGAAGCGAAACGCGGACAACCGCGUGGCUAUAGCAGAAGCUGGAGCCAUACCUCUUCUCGUAGGUCUCCUCUCAACACCUGAUUCUCGUAUCCAAGAACAUUCGGUAACAGCUCUACUAAACCUCUCCAUAUGUGAGAACAACAAAGGAGCCAUUGUUUCCGCCGGAGCUAUCCCUGGUAUAGUUCAAGUGCUCAAGAAAGGAAGCAUGGAAGCUAGAGAGAACGCGGCGGCUACGCUUUUCAGUCUAUCGGUGAUUGACGAAAACAAAGUGACGAUCGGAGCAUUGGGAGCAAUCCCGCCGCUCGUUGUACUGCUUAACGAAGGUACACAGAGAGGCAAGAAAGACGCAGCCACUGCGUUAUUCAACCUCUGUAUAUACCAAGGGAACAAAGGAAAAGCUAUACGCGCAGGAGUGAUUCCGACUUUGGCUAGACUUUUAACAGAGCCAGGAAGCGGAAUGGUCGAUGAAGCGCUCGCGAUUCUGGCGAUUCUCUCAAGCCAUCCUGAAGGGAAAGCGAUCAUAGGAUCCUCUGACGCAGUGCCGAGUCUAGUGGAGUUUAUCAGAACCGGCUCGCCGAGAAACAGAGAGAACGCAGCUGCGGUUCUAGUUCAUCUCUGUUCUGGUGACCCACAGCAUCUGGUCGAAGCGCAGAAACUCGGGCUUAUGGGUCCGUUGAUAGAUUUAGCUGGGAAUGGGACAGAUAGAGGGAAAAGAAAAGCAGCACAGUUGCUUGAACGUAUAAGCCGUUUAGCUGAACAGCAGAAUGAGACGGUGGCUGCUCAGGGACAAACCGAAGAAGAAGCUGAACCAACAACACAUUCAGCAGCAACAACCACAGAAGCUGCUGAUACUUGAAAAAGAUUGUUUUUUGUUUGUUUUGUUCAUUUCUCCCCAAAUAUGUACGUCUGUUUAUUAUUCUCACUUUUUUUGUUUUUUCUGCUACUUGGGUCCUCUCCUUCGAGGUGGGCUUUCACUGUAGACGGCGGAAGCAGAAGAUGGCCUCCUCCUCCUCCGACGACCUGUUUUAACCUUUCUGUGCGACGGAGCAAUCCGGUGCUCAGGAGAGAAAGGCAAAUAUGCAUACAUACAUGUCAACUUGUAUCAUUGUAACACUUUUAUCAUGUUUGUAAUCAAUUCCACGGGCUUUACUUUUUGGUAUUUAAUACAAAGCUAUCUGUUCACUUUCUAACUAGCAUUACUAGGAGAUGUUGAUUGGAUAUACAUGCAGAUUUUGAUUUUGAUUUUUUUGCUU